UUGAACAGUUUUUGGUUUACUGUUAACCAAAAUGAAGUUGUACGCCAUUUUGUUACUGGUGCCAUUUUGUUUUGGUGGCAUCAUCCACCCAGAAGAUAGUUCUCAAGAUGAAACUUCUCCUGAAUACGACAACAACGCUUCCGAAGAUGAAAAUUCUUCUGAAUAUGAAAACCGCACUAUGAUUCCCGUAAGGGGAAUUAUUGAUAGGCCACCAACAUUUCCCGUAAUGCGUAAUUCUCAAGAACAAUGGUCGUAUGUAGUCUCAAAAAUUGAUAAUUUUAACGCAAACUCUGGUACAUACAGACAGAGAUUUAUCUACAAUACACAAUUUGCUAAACCUAAUGGUCCUAUUUUCGUUUACGUUGGUGGUGAAUGGACAAUCGGUGUUGGUUCCCUUAGUUCCGGACAAAACUUUUCGAGAUGGCGCGUGAGAACGGCGGCGCCAUGUUUACCUAAGAACACCAGAUUCUACGGAGAAAGUAUUCCCACAGUGACUUAA